AAAUUACUUGAGAGACAGCCCAAAAAAUAUAUUAAAAUUACUUAAGGUAACAUGGAAGUCGGCAAGAGACUGAAUGAAUGUAUAAAAGCAAAAAAAAAAAGAAAAAAAGUCUUUGGAUUAAGAAAGUAAGUCAUGUGCCAAAGCUUCCCGGUAGGACCCCAAAAACACGAAACAAAUGAACGCCGCCGUUUCGUUCCGCUGACGUCAUGCUAACCGCCGCAUCCUUCCUCCCUACACGGUUGAGUCGCUUCGUCUUCUUCCUACUUUGUUCGCCUAUCCUUCUACCUCUUCUCUGCCUUUCGAUCCCUCUCCUCUGUGCCGUCGAGGUCUUCAGUCGCCUCCGCAGCCGAAUCGUGAAAUCACCACCUUCCUCCGUCGUAACGGAAGUUCUCGCCGCAGGCGAAGAUGAUUUGCGGCGAUGUGAGGAAGGAUUCGGCGAGCUUGUAGUGGAAGAAGUUGAGAUUGAAGGUAGUUUGCUUGAGAGAUACUUAGAGGAUCAAGCUAGAUCCAUUUACGAUUGUGGAGAUGAAUAUGACGGCGAUAGCGAUCCAAUUAGGGUUCCUCUUUUGUCUUAGAUUUUUGUUUGUUUUCCAGAAAAAAAAAUGCAAUUGUAGAUAAAAGGAAUGUAUAUCAAUUAGAUCAAUCUUAAUUGGUGAUUGCAUCUAUUUAUCAAUAGCAUAUCCAUCAUUAUCAAUGAUAUUAGUCAAUUUUGAUU